AUGAAUUAUGAUGGUGGUGGAAGCGCAGGCAAUGGACAAUGUACUUCGCCAAAUGCCAAGAAGAGAGAGAAGAGAAUUUGUCAUCGCCACACUCCUCAACAGAUCCAGAGACUUGAAGCUUACUUCAAGGAAUGUCCUCAUCCAGACGAAUCACAACGACAACAAUUAUGCAAAGAGCUGAAUCUUGAGCCGGAUCAAAUCAAAUUUUGGUUUCAGAACAAAAGAACUCAAAGCAAAGCUCAAGAUGAAAGAAACGCUAACAUAUUGCUUCGUGGAGAAAACGAAAAGAUCCAAUGUGAGAACGAUGCAAUGCUAGAGGCUUUAAAGAAUGUGAUUUGUCCAGCUUGUGGCGGUCCUCCUUUUGGCAGUGACGAACGCGAACACAAUCUCCAAAAACUGCGUUUGGAAAACGCUCUCCUCAAAGAGAAGCGUGACAAAAUCGCCAGUUUUGUAUCCAAGAACAAACACCAACAAAUCAUGGUGGAGUCAUUCGCUCCUGCUCAGCAAAUCGUUGAUACUCGCACCUUGUACGGAACAACUAAUCCAAGCAAUCUCUUGUUCGAGCCACCAAGCUCACUAAGACCACCAACUUCUCAAACCAUCCAACCACAACCACUACUAUCCCAUAUGGAUAUACCGCGACUGACUGAAACCGCGGCAAGCGCGGUUGAAGAGCUCAAGCGCCUGUUUUUUACCGAAGAAGCUUUUUGGGUCAAGUCUUCUGUCGACGGAACAUAUGUGAUUGACCAAGAAAUGUAUGAGAAGUUUUCGCACACAGUCAAACGUUUCAGGAACAUGAGUGCUCGCGUCGAGUCUUCCAAAGAUGCCACAGUGCUUCCUAUAGGAGCAACAAAUUUGGUCGAAAUGUUUUUAGAUUCGGAGAAAUGGAAAAAUCUUUUUCCAACGAUCGUGAACUCGGCCGUCACGGUUCAUAGGCUCGGAUCCCAGCUUCCCAUAAAAGAAAACUGCAAUGUCGUGCAAGUGAUAUGGGAGCGUAUACACAUUCUGUCGCCGCUGGUGCCACCAAGAGAGUUUAUGAUCGUCAGGUGCUGCCAACAGAUCGAUGAAGGGCUCUGGAUUAUUGCUGACGUGUCGCACAGCAUCGUUAACUUUGACCAAGUCAAUCCUUCUUGUUAUAAACGUCCUUCUGGUUGUCUCAUACGAGCCUUGUCCAAUGCUCAUUCCGAGGUAAAGUGGAUAGAGCAUGUGGAAGUGGACCACAAACCCGAAACACAUCGGAUGUAUAGAGAGCUAUUAUGUGGCCGUUCAGGCUAUAGCGCAAAGCGAUGGAUCGUUGCGCUUGAGAGAAUGUGUGAGAGGAUAGCUCUCUCCUCCAUCCUUACCAUUCCCGCUACUGACUGGAGCGAAGCUAUAAAUACGGGAGAAGGAAGGAAGAGUGUAAUGAAAUUAGGGGAAAGAAUGUUGAAGAACUUCAACGACAUGUUGACCAUGUCCGGGAAGGUUGACUUUCCUCAACACUCGAAAUGUGGAGUCAGAAUCUCGAUCCGGAUGAACAUGGAGCCCGGUCAACCAACCGGUUUAGUUGUCAGUGCUGCGUCUUGUCUCUCGAUCCCUCUCAGCCCUUUGCAAGUCUUCAACUGCUUGCGAGACAACAACACUCGUCAUCAGUGGGACGUUCUUUGCUAUGGAAAAGUCUCUGAGAUCGCUCGCGUUUUCACCGGAUCAAGUGAAACCAACUACCUCAACAUUCUCCGGCCUCCACGAAGAGAGGAUAUUGCCAUAAGUAUGGCACAAGACUCAGACAAUGACAACAUGUUAAUGCUACAAGACUGUUACAUGGACGCACUAGGAGGCAUGAUAGUGUACGCUCCGCUCGACGAGACUACAAUGAAUAUCGCUGCUUCCGGCGAAGUCGACGCUUCCAAGAUUCCAAUCCUUCCCUCUGGUUUCACCAUCUCAGGCGACGGCCGGCGAUCCAUGGCGGCUGAAGACGGUGGUGUUGGUCAUGACGGUGGGACUUUGCUGACGGUGGCUUUUCAGAUCCUUGUCUCUGGUAAAAUCACCAGGUCGAGAGAGUUGAAUGAGAAGUCAGUGGACACAGUGAGUAGUUUGAUCAGUGGUACUGUUCAAAAGAUCAAGCUCUUACUCAAUUGCCCUCAUGUCUGAUAGUCUGAGUGAGGGAAUAUUCUCUGCAUGAUUCUCUUUUUCUUUGUUUAAGAUAUUUUUAUAUUUAUGUCUGGUUUUGGAUGAUUUCGAUUGGUUUUGGAUGAUUUUUCAAGGACAAGAUUAUUAUGGAUUUUA